CGGCGGGGAACUAGGUGACGACGAUGGUCCGUGGCGGAGCCAGCCAGCAGGCCCUGGGCUCCAGUUCCAUCGGCUCAUGCAGUUGCUGUCAACGCUGUGCUUGCUGCUGCCGCCCGACCGUCAAAUACAGCUGCUUCGGAGCUUCAACACCGCGCUAACGUCAGCGCUUGGUGCAUGGGAUAGCAGCAGCGCCGACGGUCACGCGCACAUCGGCGCCAGCGCGUCCAGGCGUAGCCGUGAGUCGUCGUCGCGAUUGCCGCCGCCACACCCAUUACCACCACGAGGAGCUGCCGUACGGCAUGCACGUGUCUCAACGGACGUUGAGUCGCCUCCACGUGACCUCCUGGAGUGGACCAUGCCUGGGGAUUGCCAUUCAUCAGCGCUGGUGGAACUGCUGGGGUCGGAUCUGCCCACGCAGUACGUACGGCACCCAUACCGGCAGCACGAGGGACACAGCAGCAUGGCUGCGCCUCUGGAGCAGCUACCUGGGAAGAUCGCGACCCAUGGGUCAUCAGCAGGUGUUCAAGGCGCACCAUCGUGCGUGCAGCCGGCAAUGUUUGUCGGGGCAUCGCCUUGCAUGCUGGUUGCUGGAAUGGGCUCAGAUGGGCCGUGCAACACUGGUGCCCAAGGCUUGCACGGGAGGGAGUCGGAGGUGCCGGACUUGUGGGCUGCAGCCCAGUCAGUGGCUGAGGUGGCCGAUGACGACGUGCUACCUUCCUGGCUUCAGCAAUGCGGGUCAAGAGGAGCGCGUGUGUCUGGGCCGGAUGCGGUCGACAGUUUGGCGGCGGCAGUGCUGCCACCAUCGGUUUGGCAGCCGUCUCCAACGGACGCCGCUACGCUGGGAGCAGGUGAGGUCGUCGGCACCGAUGCUUGCCCCAGAUCCCGGGUCCUCAACGAUGGCAGCGUCCCGCUGUCAGGCAGCUCGCUAGGCAUCCCGGCGGGCUCCUGCCCUCCGAGGUCGGGAUCGCCGAAUGGGCCAGUACUGUCUGCGCCUGACCCUACCAUAAACGUCUCCGCUGCGGCGGCAUCUUCCGGGGCUAAUGAGCAAUGCGGCAUAUGUGACGUUUCGCUCAAUCUGCGAUCCCAUCCAAUCACUUCGCCGAUCCCUUCACCUGAGGUUGACCGUUCGCUGCUGCUGGCGCGACCACUAUCUACGGCCUCUCCGCUUGCGACGGCUGCCGUACAGCUUGCGUCACCGCCACCGCAGCAAGAAGAACCGUUACCCAAGCGUUUUGACAACUCAGCCUGCAGCGCUGUAGCUCAGUUGGAGGAUCCAUGGAGCUGCCUUCAUGGCGAGAUGAACCCGACCCUCGCUCCCGUAGACCAUCCUUGGCUUCCUUCCAGCCGCCUGUUGCCCGUUACUGUGGCGCCACUAUUCCAGCCGCCAUCUCCAUCAGCCGCCAGCGCUGCGGUCUGUGCUGCGGAUAGCAUCCACAGCAGCCGGGUGCUGCCGGGUGCUGCAACCAUGGCCAGUGGGGUCUGCAGCGGCCAUGGUGGACCCCUAAAGCCCAUGCUGCAUGUUGAACACCGGAAGGAGGCUCUUGUCGAGGCCCCUCUUGCUGAGUGCUUCCCUCGCUCAAGUGUCGACUUUGGGUGGUCAGUAGCGCGGGGAUCGGCUGGUGGCGCCGCUGGAGCAGCAGUUGCUGAUGCUGCGGAGCAUGCUACCGGUAUGGUGUGGACUGUCCCAGGGCAUGGAGGUGGGCAUGGGGGUUCCCGCAGCAGCAGCGGCGGCAGCAGCACAUGCAGCUCGCAAGAUAGCUUCUGGUCUUCGGGUUUGUUGCCCAGGCACCCCGGUAUGCCGGCAGCAGAAGCAGAGCUGCAGGGGGGUGCUGGCAGGGCCAGUGCACGGGGAUCCCUGCUGGCGGGUGCUGCUCCUCCGGCGGACGUGCAUGGCUUGCGACCGGCGCCACUUCCAGUCGGCGGCAGCCUUACGGCUGCGGCACCCUUUCCGGUGGCUCAUACCAACCUUUACGGCGGCUUGGAAGUUGCCGGUGCGGCUCCGUGUAUACCAAGCCGCGCUGCGGAACGCUCUGCCACCUCCCCAUCCUCUCGGGCGCUGUGCUCUACAUGCCCGGGCAGUCUGCGGCACACACCGUCGGACGCAGGCGACGGAGGUCACGCCUCAUCCGCCUCAGCUCCAUCGUCACCUCGGCGGCCUGGCUUUGCUGCUACAGCAGGCAACGCCUCAGCCUUGCAGGGUACACCGCCGCGGCAUGUACCUCAUCCGGCCCUGCUGCCGGCGGACGGGCGUGGAGGUAUGCGUGCAUCGUCGGCAGGCGAGCAGCAGGCUGCGCGUCGUGCAAGCUCUUCAAAUGCCGGCGCAAGCAGGUCGGGUCGUCCGCCCCUCCCUCGGCAGCUCUCGAGCACUGUCAUCAUCUCGCGCGAUGCCGUGCUGUGUGGGGCGGCUCCUCUGGGGCUGGGCGGCAGCGGGCUGGCGGGCCGGCGGUCGACAGCCAGCGGAUUGGUCUCCAGCCCUGCUGGCCGUGGCUCCCUUCCCAUGCGUCCGCCUCAACAACGCAGCCACUCCUCUCCGGCGCUCGGCAGCUCACUCGCCGUUCUCGACCUCCUAGACCUGCUGCCUGCCGGCAAACCAGCGGCUGCAGACGACGACGAGGCCAGCACCACAGGCAGUACGGCGUCGGGCCAGCACCGCACGCAUGACUCCCCCUGCAGCAGCUCUGACGGCUGGUCUCCAAGCAAGGUCGCUGCAACAGCCACCUUGAUGGCCAUUCCGGCGCUGGUUGCGACGGCCUGUGCUGCGACAACACGCACAACAAGGUCCGCGUCGGUUGCCCUGCAGGGCGCUGCCUCGCUGCCGCUGCUUACGGCAGGCGGUGUUUCAAUUGCGGGUGCGCGCUCGCCGUCGUUGGGUAGCGGAUGUGGCGGCGGCUUGUUAGCGAGUCGGUGGUCUGGUGGCAGCUGCAGCAUCGCGCUAUCCGCAACGGCAGCGCUGCUAACGUUGCCAUUCGUGGCCGCAGCCGUACUAUCCUGCAGGAAGGGUUCGCCUUCGCAUGAACCGCUUGACCCGUCCAGAAGCAGCGUCGUAAUGCCCGCCGCAACCGCUUCCGCGCCACGGCGUCGACACGGCCUUGCAGGAACUGCCCGGCGCCUGCAGGACGCCGUGUUCCAGAUGGCCGCAGCAGCUGCCACUAUGGCCAUGUCCACACGCGACGCCGCAUGGUGCCGUCUUCACCCAGCCGCCGCUUCUGCACGCCGGAAGCUGUGGACUGAGCCGCAUCCGAAUGGCUCGGAUGUCUUCUGCACGGCCCAGCAGGCCGUCUCGUCCAGCGCGUCUCCGUUUGCCCGCUCGCCGCAACGGGCGCUCUCCAACGGUUUAGCAGAUGUGCUGCCGGGCACCAUGACUGACGCUGUUCCAGGCGUGGAGCGUUUGGGCAGCCCAAGCGCUUGCUCGCUCAUUCCCCCGCGCAGCCCGGUGACGGUAAUUGACUACCAGCAGCUUCAGCAACAGACGUCAGGUUCAUGUAGCGCAGGACUUGGGUUGGGGCCUGCGUUUCCGCCAGCGGGAACGGAAGUGCCUGUGCUCUUGCCUCUUGCGACGUCCGUGCCCCUGGCGCCGGUCCAUGCCGAGGAGCCAGCAGAGCCGGCGUUCGGGCGGCCAUUGGCGCCGCACACGGCUGCUGGUGGAGGGUCGCCAUGGGAGGUUGCCGCUGCCAUCGCAGCCGCGGCUGCGGGUCACCAACAUGCAUAUGCCCGCAACCAAGACCAUGUUGGAGGGCGGCAGCCAGCCAGCAGCGCGGCUACGGCUGGGGCUUCAGCCGGGGGCAGCCAGGACCGUGGUGAGGGCGCUGCUUGCCUGGUUGCUGCUAGCCCUAGGUGCAGGACACCAGGGCGUAGCGGUAGCUCUGAGGGCCUUGCGGACGUGGCUCGCCUGCUGGCGCCUCCUUGUGCCGACAUGCACCUGCUGGGCAUGCGGGGCCCGUCUGACAUGGUGCUGCCUGCGGGUGGGAACGCUGGGUUGGCAUCGAUUAGCUAUCGGUCACCCACAAAAGCCGCGUCGCGGCUUGUCAACCAACGCGGUGCAUCUGCGCCCGUGCUUGGCGGGGUUGCCGGCGGGUCAGGAGGGCCGGCGGAGCGAGCCGCGUCAGCGCCUGUUGGCCCUGCUAAUCAGCUUUCUAACGCCGCGGCGGAUUCGCCGGAGCGCUCGGCGGCAAGCAGCAUGGCUGAGGUCCGUCGGAUGGCUUUGGAGACGGCCCCGGAUGUUUUGCAUGCAACCGUGGACAGCUGUGAUGCUGCUGCUCCCGCAACCGGACGUGAAGCGGAUGGACUGCAAGGUCAGCAGCCGCAGGGCUCGCUACCGGAGGGUCCAGCAGCACCCUGCGGCGCUUGGCGUGGCGGGGACGAGGGCGGAGACGGUGUGGCAGGGUCUGAUAGCACCGAACCUCGGGCUUCUGUGGGUCCUGCUGCUGGCACGGCUGCUGCCAUGUCUGCAUGCGGAGGAACCCCAGCGCCUGCGGAGACGGGGGCGGUAUGCAGCGCGCCCACGUCAGCUGCUGCCUACCUCGAGCUGAUCAGCACCGGGGCUCCUUUGUCGGCUACCGGCGACACAGCAGAGGCCAAGACCGCCACGGAGGCGGCAGUUGUUCAGGAUCAGGAGGUCGGCAGCUCCCACCCUGGCGCCGAUGAUGUCACCAUGUCUGCUACGGAGCUCGGGCUUAGCAGUGAACAACCAGACGUCGCGUCAGGCGUCGUUGCGGAGGCGGUUGGGGCCGCACGCCACAUGCUGCCUGCCUUGCAUGCAGGCGAUCUCGCAGGCGCCUCAGAGGCCCCAGCAGUAGCAGUCACUCAAACAGAGGCUGCUGCCGGCGCUGGUUCUGCUACUGCAGUCGCUGCUCCUCGUGUCGAAGACCCGCUGGUGAUCGCUGGAAGCAACGGUGAUAGGAGCAAGAAUGCUGGCUGUUCUGAGCCCGCCGCAUCCGCGGUUCACCAGGCGGCCGCUAUGGAUGUAGAAGAUGAGGAGAGCGCCGCUGCCCUAGCUGCUGCCGGCAACUCAGGGUUCCAGGAAGCCACCGCCCCAGCGGUAACCGCCGCCGCAGCUAAGAUCCCGGCGGCAGUCGCUGCGGCGGUAGGGAGCGCCAUCCAUAAGAAUGCUGAGCCAGCCGGCGAUGCGGAGGUGGUGUCUGCCGGCGAUGCGUCUUCCUCCUGUGGGACAGAAUACGCAGCCGUAGAAGGGACUGCAGCCGAUGGAGCCGGGCGGGUUGCUUCUACACUGUCACCUGCCAGCAGCCCUGUAGACCUGGCCAUGGUGGUCGCGCAGACAGCCGUAAAGCCUCCUGCUGAGGAGGCGGAGGCUGCCGCCGCCGUGGGGCUCAUUGCCGCCCCUACAGAAGAGGCGGCCGCCGCCGCUGCUGCUGCUGCAUGCGAUGUUGUCGGAGCUGCUGAGCCACCUGGAGCAAUGCUAGACGCCGAGGUUGCCGCCGCUGAGCCUUUGGGGACCCAUGCGGUGGCAACCGCCACCCUUUCUUCUGCGCGUGUGGCUGGGGAAGCUGUCGCAGACGCUUCCGGUAGCGGCGAAUCGGCUGGUGUUGCCGCUACGGCUGUGGUGGGCGUUGCAGCAGCCGUGGAAACCCAUGCUGCAGCUUGCCGCGGGCCCCACCUGGGGGCUGCAAAGGAUACGGUUGUUGGAGGUUCGACGGCCUCAGCUAGUGAGGUCUCCAUCGCCAUUGAAUCGCUGGCGGCUGCAACAGCUGAGACGGCCGCAGAUGACUUUAUAGGCGGCAUAGCUCCAUUGUCCGUUGGCCCAGGUGCAGCCGAGCAGUCUAUCCUCGCCGAGUCCGCCGCCGUCACAGCCGAGGGCGCUUCCGUGGUAGAUGAUCAGGAAGUGCCCACUGCCCCAGCUUCUGGCUUGCAGGCUGUGGAGGAGGACGUCAUGGCCGAGUGGGCACCGGUCCUGGAUGAACUGGCUGAGGUGGGCACUGUGAAACCGGCGGCUGGUGUGUGCGAAGCAAACGGUGCUCGCGGCGUUACAUCCGUUGCAGCAUGUGCUGAUGAUGAUGACCAGCUGGCCCGCACCGCACCCCGCGCAUGCGACGCCGAGGCGGCUGCGGUCCUGCGGGCAUCCAGCUGCUGCGUAAUUCCCCAGCCUGCGAUCCACGUGGUCGAGCAGGACGCUACCGCCGGGCCAUUACCCGUUUCAGCAGGUGUGGCAGAUCACGCAGCACGGGACCCUUCCGGGGGCAGAGUUGCGGAGCAUGUGGUCCUUACGCCUGCCGUACAUGCAGCUGAGAGACGGCCUGGUGAGGCCGUGGUGGUGGCUGAGCCAGUUAACGUCAAUGCAGCAACCGCGGUCGCUGUUGUUGAAGUGGACGGGGUCGUGGAGGCUGCUGCCGUUGAGUCUGCUUCAGAGGCUGCCGAGGAGGCUGACGCCGCUCAUCCUGGCGAUGCCGGAGCAGCCGAGUGGGUUGCACCUGCUGUACCGCGCGUCGCUGCGGCAGCUGCGGCGACAACUGCAGUCAGGGCACCUUGUAGCAGCGGUGGUGUUGAGGCGGAGUUUGUGGUCGCUGGGCCUGCUGGUGCGGCAGCAGCUGCGGAGGCGGCUGCUGAACCGGGGGUCGCAGGUGCUGCCGAGGACGCUACUACCGCAGCGCCUGCGUUCGUAGCAAAGGAGGCGGUCACAGCCGCUGCUGCGUCCUUCACGCGUGGAGAAGCUCCGAAGCCCUCCGCUGACUCGGAGGCAGCACCCGGCGAAGCAGCAGCUGGUGGGGUGGAAAUCACAGGGAUCAUGCCGGCGGAGGCGGGUGCAGCUAUGCCAGUGGGAGCUCCGUCGGCCGCAGCCGCCUGGGAAGAGCCCGAGGGCAGUGACGCAGCUGAGCAAGAGGUGGCAGCCGUACCUCCGGCGGUCUGCAGCAGCGGCGUUGUGGAGGCCAUGGCCGCGGGGCCUACCGUCCUAGACGCAGUUGAAGCGGACGGCGUUGUUUCGCCGCCUGCCAUGCUGUCACCGUUAGCGGAGAACGCCGCUGGGAAGCUUGCAGCGACUUGCAUGGGCGAGGUGGGCACGGUUGGCCCAAUCCAACCUUUCCAAGAUGCCGUAAAGCGGGAGGCUGGUCUUGCUGUCAGAGCAAUCGAGCGUGCUACUGCCGCUGAGGACCCGGUGGACGUGGAUGCGGUGGCUGUCGUGGCGGCGCCUCCCGCAGAUGCUGUAAACGUUGCAGGUGCACAUGUGGAAUCGGAGGUUGCCGAGGAUGCUGCCGGAGCAGGUGAUGUGGCUAUUCCCGCAGCUCUCCAGGAGUCCGAGGUGGAUGUCGUGGCGGAUGGUUGCGGUACCCACGGCGCGGACGUCGCUGUUGUGGCUGAGAGCGGCGAAGCAGAGGUGCCCGCCGCUGCUGCAGCGGGCGACAUGGAGGGUGUCGUCGCUUGGCCUGCUUGCGACACAGCCGUCGCUGGGCAGCGGCAUGCUCCUGAUGUCGCUGCUGCGCUUGUGGCUGACUCCACUGGAAACGUCGUUGCCGCUGAUCCAGUCGCCGAAGCACCUUUGCCUGCUGCCGCUGCCGCCGCGUCCGAGCCGAAGUUUGACGCAGGCGCUCCCGCUGCACCUUCCACUGAUAGCGUUCACGGGGAGGCCGGGAGCAUCGCCGUACACAUGGGUGAGGGGGAUGAAGCUGCCGCUCUGGAGCUUGCAUGUGGGGCAGCGGCAACGGCCUCAGAUGCUUCCGAGCUCUCCACAUGCGCAGCUUACGAGGCUGCCGCUGUUGUCGAGGCUGUUGUCGAGGCGCCGCGGCACACGGGUAUCACUCCUGAGGCGGCGGCGGCGGACGACAGAGCUGGAAACAUGGAGGGGGCUGUUGAGGCCAUCGCUGCGGAGCUUGCCGCAGUACCCUUCGCAGCCGCAAUUGCUGAGCCGGGGGUCAGUGCAGUUGAGGACACUACCCGUGCAGGUUCCAUCUUUAGCGGUACCAGAGAUCUGGCCCCUGGAUCCGCCCUGGCAGAUGUCGCUGAACCGGAGGUCGUUAUCCCUAAGCUCGCCGCGGCAGGUGGUGAGGUGCAGCCCGAAAGCCAAGAACCCUCGGAGGAUUCCGACCCACAGCCCGCCCAAGAAGACGCAGCACGAAAUGCCACCGUUGCAGCAGUGGAACCGCUCUCCCCGGCAGCACUAGAGGCGUGUGGGCCGGGCGCUGGUGUCGCUGUCACCGCUGCUGCAGGUGUACGCGCUUCCGAUGCGCCCGGCAUUGCUGAGGGCGCAGCCGCCGUCGCUACCUGUACGUCACAGGCUGACAACGGUCAGGGGACUUCCGCUGGCAGUGCUUCCCAGGGGACCCGUGAGGCUGCAGCCGCUGCUGCUGAGCCGGUGACGGGUGCGGCUGAGGUUGCUGCCGCCGUUGCCGUGCCCUUGGCGUGCAUGGGUACGGAGAAUUUUGCUCCCGUGUCUGCCGAGGUCGAUGCCUCCCCUGCUGCCUCCCCUCUCGCGGUCGCUGCUGGAAGGGCUGAGGCGAGCACUGCCUACUCCGGUUCGAGUCCAGCUGCAGUGGCCGCCGCGGUGGGUGCAACUGAAGAGGAGGUCUUGGAGGCCGUUAGACCCGCGCUUGCCGGCCCCACAGCGGCCGCCUCCCCGUCUGAGGGGGAGGUUGCUGCUCAACCCAGCUCGACAGCUUCGAGCAGCACAUGCGCCGCCAGUAGUGAGCCCGCCGCGGAUGUGCCCCUCUGCGUCCCAGCAGCAGAUGUAGUUGACGAGGCUGUCGUCGAGAAGGAUGAUGCCGCUAUGCCUGCGUUCGAGGCCGCUGCUGUCCGCGCGCCUGAUGUCCAGGCAGCUGCAGGGGCCAUUCCUGCAGCAGUCGAGGAGGCAGCCCAUGCAGCCGACGCGAGGCAAGCUGCUGCGCCUGCCAGUGACCUUGCAGGUGACAUGCCAACUGAGCCCGCCCUGGAUGCGGUUGAGGACGUUGAGGCAGUGGUUGUUAGGGAGCCCGCAGAAGCCACCAGAGCUGCGAACGGCGCCGGUGCCACGCAGCUUGCGGUUGGUGUCCCUGAGGGUACGGCUCCUGCUCCUGCGGCAGCUGUUCCCGAUGGUGGUGCAGCUACGCAGCAGAGCCCUGCACCGCCGCCCGUAGCCAAUCUGGUGGAGGGGGCUGUCGCAGCUUCCACGCCGGUCGCUGCUGAAGCAGUUGCAGCGGAGCCCAUCGCGGCCUCCGCCAGCAGCGCUGCGGAGGAGGCCGGCGUCGGUCUCAACGCUUAUCUUGGCGCCGCCGUCGCUGCUGCUGCUGAGGAGGAGGUUGCAGCUUUGGAGGGUUUGGCCGUCGACGUGUCUACGGGGAUGAACACGAGUGAGGGCGUUUCCUCCGCUUGCGUGGAGCCCCCUAGUGCGGCCGCAGGAGGCGUUUCCGAGGAGGAGGAAGCGCAUGCUGCCUUGCCCGCCCUGGACGCACCCGUAGCCGCACCCAGCGAAGAGGCUCGCAUGGCUCAAGCUGCGCCUCGUCUUGAUACCCUGGUUGCUACCGGGGAGGUGGAGGAGGUUGCCGGAGGUGCAGCAGCGGUCGUGGACGUGGACGCAGCAAAUGCCCGGCCGGCAGUCUGCUUGGGUGCUGCUGCUGCUGCUGAGCAGGCGACUCUCCCUCCAACCGCCAUAUCAGGAGCCUCAUCUCAGGAGUCUACUGCUGCUGCUGCUGCUGCUGCUGCUGCUGCUGCUAGCGGUGCAGCGUAUGCAGCUUUACAGGGCGGGGCCGCCGUCGCUUCUGCCGUGCUAGCGCAUGUCGACGACGUGCGCAGCAAACCUGCGAUGGAUGCAAAGGUCUUUGAAGCAGUCGCUUGCGCUGCUGAGCACGCACUGUCGGAUCUGGCAGCAGCAGUUGUUGAGGGGGACCCCGGCGACGUUGCGCAACGGAUGGCAGCUGGGGAUGCCACCGGGCCUGUGGUGGAGCUGCAGGCAGCCGCUAGCGGUACCACGGGGCAUGCCUCGGAUGCGGGCCACGUGCCUUCAGCGAGCCCUGCUGGGGAACACGUCAGGCUGUCCUACCCUAUGGAUGCUCCAGAGACCCCGCCGCCGUACGCCAGCCCGUACGGCAACCCGUACGGCAGCCCCCAGUCCCCCAGUCCCCAGUCCCGCUCUAGGAUCCCCAAGCCGCCCCAUGGCCUCCCUGAUAACCCCUCCACCGCCGACACCAGACGCUGCUCCAAGCUGCCCCAGCUCGCAACGGCAUUUCCGCGCGCCGCCUCUGCUGCCCUACUUUGCGAGGGCGUGCUGUCUCACAGCCCAGCGUCAGGGGGUGCUGCCGGUACCAGCUUUACCAGCUUGGAUGGGAGGACCGCCGUCGCUGCGUCGGCAGAAAGAGCGGCGUUGAGCGAGACCAUGCGCAGCGGCUUUGCUUGCGCCGGUAUCCGCACGACGCCGUCUUCACCAAGCCUCAGCCAGGUUCGCCAAGCAGCCAUCGCAAGCAGCAGCAGUACAGGCGGGGCUCCUCCAAGCCGCGCUUUCUCGCAGCCUGCAGCCAUGCGGCGUCGUCACAGUGUAGGUCCAGCUGCUGGAGCUGCGGCCGCUCCUCCAGGCGAUGUGUUGCUGCUAGCAGGAGGCGAUGCUGCCAGCCGUGGUAACAGGGCCCGCCGUAACAGCGCCUGCGUGUCGCCGCAUAUCCAGGCGCUGGCGCGCGCGUUUGAAACACGAGCAGCUACCGGCGGUUCUUCAGUUCCCGUCAGUCCGCGUCAGCUAGCAGCUGCUGCUGCUGCUGCUGCUGAUGCCCAAGCAGAUGCUGCUGCUGCGUCCAGGUCUGCUGCUGCUGCUGCAGGCGGUUCGGCCCGACGGGUGGCUGCGGGGAGUCCGCUGCGGUUCGGUAGCAGCCCUGGAGUUGAGGUCAGGGUGCUGGAGCAGUCCAUGCUGUGUUCUGUUGGCACUGUGCAUGACGGGGUAGCUGUGGAAGCUGAGGUGACGCCGGCCGGCGAGACAGACACGGAUGCAGCUCCCGCUUCUGCAGCUGCUACACCUGUGGCGAGCAAGCCUGUUGCCAUGCUCAGAGCCCCCUCGCUCGAAGCUACGGAGGCAGCGGAUGACAGCGGCGAGCCAAGUCUCAGCUCGCCACACCUGCUGCCGCCGCUGCCGCCGGUCGCUGACCGGUGCGAGGCACCCGCCGUAACAUCCCCGCUUCCCGCCGCCACCUCGGGGGCUGGAGUGCCCGCAGAUGCGACUGCAUGCAGCAUCUCCGCACCUGCCUCCGCCGUAUCAGGUCCUGCAACCGCAACAACCCCGUCAGCCCUAGACCCAGCCCCAACAGCAGCCUGCUCCUCCUCCUCCUCCUCGGCCCGUCCUGCCGCAGUAGCUCCCCCGCUGCUAGCCCGUCGGAGCAGCACCACUACCUCCAGGUUCGCCCCGCGGCCGCAGCAGUUCACGCCCGAGGGAGGCGCCUCAGAGCCGCUUCCGCAGCUUCGACAGGCUCCUGUAGCCGCACCCCCGCCUCAUGAAAAGGAGGAACCCGAACCACACGUCGAGCUCUCUGCCGGUUCCAGUCCCAACCUCCGCGCCUAUGCCAUGUACCGCCCAGCCGCACACUACGCGCCCAGAUCUGCGGCCGGUAGCAGCAUGCCCGGCAGCGCUGCUGCGCCCAAGCAGCCCGUCAUCCCGCCAGUAGAACGCCGCCACACGGUGGGGGGUGCGGCAAUGGUCGGCUCGAAGAACCCGGGCGGCCUCGUCGCCCGGGCGGCGGCGGCGCUUGAGCGGCACGUGAGUCGCCUCCGUGAGAGGAAAGCCGCCGCUGGCACCGGCAUUGUCACUGGAACCGUUGCUGGUGACGGUGCUGAUGGUUGGGACGAGGAGACAGCAGCAGUGGCUGCCCCGCGGAGGAGCAGUAGCCGUUCGGAGCGAUUGGAUGCGCUGAUCAAGCAGCAUGAUGCAUCGGUGCAGGCAGCGGCUGCAGGCGCUUCUGCAGCGUCAUGGUCGUCGCUGCAGCGGCAGAGCACGCCGCUACCGCAGCUCGGGCGGCGGAGUGUGGGGAUGGUAAUGGAUGUGAGGAGGGCGGAUUCAUCGGGCGGCUUGCUGGAGUGUACGACAGGAUACGAGGAUGUACUGCAACGGUCAUGCGCUCCGCAUCAGUUGAAAUACGCAGCACCCGCACUGGCAGAACCCGCCAACGCAGAUCCGGAGGCUACCGUUCCUCCGGACUGCAACACCUGGGCAACCAUGACACGUGACGUUGGGGCAGCCGACUCGGCAGCAGCUCCGCCGGUCAUGCCGCACGCACCCAACCUGCAAGCUGAUGACGGAGGAGCGGCCGUUUCGGCAACACCUGAAAGCAGCCCGCGUGAGCCGACUUCUCAUGAGCAUGCUGCUGCGAGGACGCCGGCAGCAGCCCGCAGGGGGCCCGCGUGGAGGGAGGCGACGCCGCAGCGGCCAGCACGGUUGCACGUUGCCGCAUGCGAACACGCCCACAUGCGAACUGCCGCACCUAGCCGUGACGAGCAGCAGGAAGAGCAGUCGGAGGGUGAUAGCGAGGACUUCUUCUGCUUGCCGACCGACUUGCUCUCACCAGGGCAGCUGGUCAUACCGCAGGCUGUCCUCCAGCUGCUGACUGGGACCUCGAGGCACGAGGGGCCGGGGCAGGCCGGGCCGGUGAAGCGCCUGGAUCUGGAUUCUGUUGGGGAGCCUGGUCUGGGCGGACGAGUUGCCGCCGAUCAGGUGGCGGUCGCUCCGGACUCGGUCGUUGCUUCCCCUGUCCACCACCGGGAGGGCAUGGGUGAGGAGGAGGAGGAUGGCGAUGUCGAGCGGAGCCCGGCAAACAGCCCGACAAGCAUCAAGCCUCUGGGCCGCCGUACUGGUGACCAUAGCGGCGCUGGUGAGGAGGUAGCCGGAGACGCGGGCAGGGAACUAGUCGAUGGUGGUGGGGUGGCUCAGGAGGGCGAGCGAGGCGGUGCGAUAGCUGACGGACUGCAUGUGCACAGCGGGGAGGGCGAAGGGGAUGGGGGUUCGGACUUUGAGAGUUGGGACGAG